CACGCACACAGAGCCAGGACUACAUCUCCCAUCAGGCAGCGCGCUUAAAGGCGCCGCAGCGGCUCCGCGGGGCUGCUGGCGCCCGGGGGCCUCGCCCCGCUGCCGCCGUGCGGGGUGCGGGGCGCGGAGCCCGGCCGGGCGCGGUGCGCACGGUGUGUGCGCUGGGGAUGCAGAAACCAUGCAGCAGAAAGCCGUGAGCGGCUGUGGAUGAUCAGCUUCUCCCCAACAGCAGUAAAAAGCGAAGGAUGAAGGUGACUGGGCUUACUCCCCUGUGGACGUUGCUUUCGCUGCUUUGUGGCCACCUGGCGAACGCUGCAGACCAUGAGGAUGUGGUAAAGCACGCGAUAAAGCUGCACCGUGGGAAGGGAGCUGUUAUCACCCAGCGAAAGCAGUGGGUGAUGGAGAGCUGCAGGAAACUGUCCGGCCUUCUUCGCCAGAAGAACGUCGUUCUCAACAAACUGAAAAGUGCCAUAAGGGCGGUUGAGAAGGAUGCGGGGCUGUCAGACGAGGAGAAACUUUUUCAGGUGCAUACCUUCGAAAUCUUCCAAAAGGAGCUAAAUGAAAGUGAAAACUCCGUCUUUCAAGCAAUCCAUGGCCUCCAGAGAGCUCUACAGGGGGAUUAUAAAGACGUUGUAAAUAUGAAAGAAAGCAGUAGGCAGAGACUGGAAGCCUUGAGAGAAGCUGCAAUUAAGGAAGAAAUGGAGUAUGUCGAACUCCUAGCAGCAGAAAAGCAUCAGGUCGAAGCCCUUAAGAACAUGCAGCAUCAAAACAAAAGCCUGUCAAUGCUCGAUGAAAUUCUUGAAGACGUCAGGAAGGCAGCUGACAGAUUGGAGGAAGAAAUAGAAGAGCACGCCUUUGAUGACAACAAAUCUGUAAGAGGUGUUAACUUUGAAGCGGUUUUAAGGGUGGAAGAAGACGAAGCCAACUCCAAAAGAAAUGCUUCAAAAAGAGAAGUGGAGGAUGACUUGGGUCUAAGUAUGCUUAUUGAUUCCCAGAACAAUCAGUAUAUCCUUACCAAGCCCAGAGAUUCAACCAUUCCUCGUGCUGAUCAUCAUUUCAUAAAGGAUAUUGUGACGAUAGGAAUGUUGUCUUUGCCAUGUGGCUGGCUGUGCACAACAAUAGGAUUGCCAACCAUGUUUGGGUAUAUCAUCUGUGGCGUACUCUUAGGACCGUCAGGAUUGAAUAGCAUCAAGUCUAUUGUACAGGUGGAGACAUUGGGAGAGUUUGGUGUAUUCUUCACUCUAUUUCUAGUUGGUCUGGAAUUUUCUCCUGAAAGAUUAAGAAAGGUAUGGAAGAUAUCUUUGCAAGGACCCUGCUACAUGACCGUUCUGAUGAUUGCCUUUGGUUUGUUAUGGGGACACUUGCUCCAAAUCAGACCCACACAAAGCGUCUUCAUUUCCACUUGUUUGUCUUUAUCGAGCACGCCACUGGUGUCAAGAUUUCUUGCAGGUACUGUUCGAGGAGAUAAAGAGGGAGAUAUUGACUACAGCAGCGUACUACUUGGCAUGUUGGUGAUGCAGGAUGUGCAGCUUGGUUUAUUUAUAGCUGUUAUGCCUACACUUAUUCAAGCAGGAGUGAGCACACACUCCAGCAUUUUCAAGGAAAUCCUGAGAAUACUGAUACUGAUUGGCCAAAUUCUCUUUUCUCUGGCUGCUGUUUUUCUUAUAUGUCUUGUUAUAAAGACUUAUCUCAUAGGACCGUAUUAUCGCAAGUUGCAUGCAGAAAGCAAAGGGAAUAAAGAAAUCCUCAUUCUAGGAAUAUCUGCAUUCAUCUUCCUCAUGCUAACGAUCACAGAGCUGCUGGAUGUCUCGAUGGAGCUGGGAUGCUUCUUAGCUGGAGCUCUGAUCUCUUCUCAGGGUCAUAUGGUCACUGAGGAGAUUAUGUCCUGUAUUGAACCAAUACGAGACUUUCUUGCCAUCAUUUUCUUUGCAUCCAUAGGACUUCAUGUUUUCCCCACAUUUGUCAUAUAUGAACUCACAGUCUUACUCUUCCUUACGUUGUCUGUGGUCAUAAUGAAGUUUGUCUUGGCAGUGCUUGUCCUUUCUCUGAUUCUUCCAAAGACCAGCCAGUAUAUCAAAUGGAUUGUCUCAGCAGGACUGGCACAAGUCAGUGAAUUCUCUUUUGUUCUUGGAAGUAGAGCACGCAGAGCAGGGAUCAUAUCUCGGGAGGUCUAUCUUCUUAUUCUGAGUGUGACUACUCUAAGUCUUUUACUUGCCCCUGCCCUGUGGAGAGCUGCUAUUAUGAAGUGUGUUCCAAGACCCGAAAGACGCUCAAGUACUUGAUAAGACUUGCACAUGUACAAGAAUACAUCUUGCAAAGAAUAUAUUCAUUGUUCGUUGUAUCUCUAUGCACUUGGAAAACAAGAGGUUUUGAGUAGUCCUCUUAACAUGCACUUGGUUAUAAGCCUUACACUGACCUUAAAACAAAACAAAAUUCAACUUCUAAAAGAGUGAUCUGAUUUGAAUUGCACAUCUCUUACAAAACUGGCUUUCUCUGACAGAUUAGAAUCUACCAGAGUAUUUGUUCCUGAUCUGUUCAAUUAUGCAGAGUAUAAAUUAUUUUUUUAACUAUAGCAUCAUGCAAACUGUGUUGAUUAUUUCUUGCCUGAAUGUGCCUUUUAAUUUUCAUCUCCUUUUCUUACUGUUGGUUCAUCACCAGGUUAUGUUUGAAAGAAAAAAAUAUAUAUUAUGGUGCCUAUGGUAUCUUCUUCUACUAUAUGACUUGAGUCAUUUUCACACUUGAGUGUUUAGUAUACUGGUAUAAAAUUAAUCACAAAACACAUUUCUGAUGGUGAGUAAAAGUCUAGUCCUUUACACAAAGAAGUAUAACUGUUAGUAUCAAGCUGUUUUAAGCAAAUAUGUAUUCCAAAUGAUGCAGCCGAUAUUGUAUAAGAUUUUAUUCCAAAUUACAGCAUAUAAUGUAUUUUCUUAUAAUGGUAGCUUUUAUUUGUGUUAGUUCUUGUAUUUAUUUACAUACUUGACUAAAAGGUCAAAGGGCAUAGGUUAUAUUUCAAGACUGACAACUGUCACCCAUUCUUGUUGCUAACUGCUGUUGUAGUAAUUGUUUACAGUUUCUUGUUUUAAAUCAAAAAUAAAUUUAGUAGAUCUGGGAAGUCUAAUUUCAAGCAGAUAUAAAAAAGUCAUUUUUUUUUUUAAUCUCUGGAGGUUGGGUGUUGCUGAUAAUAUUCUACAUUUGAAGUUAUUUCAAGCAAAUUAAUUUGCACAAAACUAGAAAUGGCAGAUUGAAUGUGUAUUUGGAACUCCACAACUUCAUACUUUGCAUUUACAUUGUAUAAAUUGUUAGUCUCCUUAAAGUAUCAUGAUAUUUAAAAAAAAAAUAAUGUUUUGAAUGUGA